AUGCAAAGGCGUGGAUCGCAGCCCUCGUCUUCAAGCUCAAGCUCAAAUCGAUGGCCCUCAGUGCCAAACUUAGACGGACCCCAAAGUCAACCCCGGCUCAAACCCCUGCCCCAGCUCCCAACCACUAAGGCCGCAUCUACAAUCCAGCGUCGUUGGGACGCUCCGGAUGUCGUAGCUGGUCGCGUUGCUGAUCGGAUCCGCACAAUCAACAGCCUUCAGCAACUGCCGUCCAUAGUACCCAAGAGAUCUGAACCUGUUCUUCCGCCGAGCCAACCACCCGUAUUGUUCCCAGAAGAUGAGUUCCGACGAGCCUCACCAUUUCCCCGAAGGGAUUCUGCUCAAAGCCCUAUCCGACCUGAAACACCCCUCUCGCAAUCACAUCCCCGCUUGAGCCCUCUGGUUCACUGUCCAAUGCCGAAACGAUACCAACCACGACUGUCGGCAAAUAUCGAGAAGGUGGCAGUACCAAUCGACGAACAAUUGAUGUGCUACCGACACGGUCGCAAGCUCAAAAUAAGAACAAGUGUACCAGCUGGCAUGGACAAAGCUUCCAGUGGUUCGUACAUUCCUACCGGCCCUAUGAUCAGACAACAAGUCGAUCCAUUGAGUCCGUGGGCUUUUGGAAGACGUCUUGCUAAGACCAGUGGAACAACAGUCUCUCCCGACAUCUGUUCCGAUUGCCUUGCCGAGCAACGAAUUCUGGAGCGUGAAGUCGAAUCCAGUACUCGUACUCCCCGAACUCUACCUGUCCAACCAUUGAAAUCUGCAAGCAGCUCUAUAUAUACCGAACCCGGCACACCUCCUGAGUCUGGCCAGUCAUCGAACGUCCUUGUUGGAACAACCAUCGACAAUCAAACAAUCCAAGUGCCCGGGGCCACAGUAUCUGACCUACCUCCAGACAAAUUUGGCGGUAUCGUGGCAACGGAUCUCGGCGACAUGAUUGACGCCAUCAUUGUCGAGCACAGUGGCAGUCUAGGCAAAGUCAUCUCCAACAUCCGUAACGGUAUGCCAGAUAGUGAUUGGACCCAGAAGCUCUCACGCGAUCUUGCUAAGGUUUCGGAAGCGGUAGCGACUCUCCCAGAAGAUGACAUUCGACAAGCUCCUGCUUUCUCCCGGAACAUCAAUGGCCGACGCUCAAUCAUACUAGAUGCUUCGCCUGAUGCUCUCCGACGACGAGCAAAGACUAUGCCUGAACUGCUUGACUUGGUCGAAGCUGCAACGGAGGAGUUUGGCAUUUCAAGCUCGAACGUUCCCAGACGGAAGUUUAGCCUGGACCAAAUACGCAUGCCAGGCGACUUCCCUCACACCCCGAGCACUCACUCGUCCACAACCAUCGACUCACCUGCUGCCCGUCCAGCCAUGCAGCCUGCUUCGUCUGCACAGUCUGAAGCAUCUAUCUCAGCAAUCACGCCCCAAGCACUUGAGACAGUGCGCAGAUCUGGGCCAUCGGUAGCAGCGAACCAGGCCCUCAAGGUGCAGCCUCCGUCAACUUCGGAAGCAGAUGAAGACGAGGCGACUCUCGUCGAGCAUGAACUGUUGCUUCCCAGUGUGAACUCAUCUACCAAAUCCCAACAAGGUCAAAACACCUCUGGCGAAGCAUCGACUGCUCAGCAGCGGAGUCGAAUUCCGAAGGCUUCCGCAAUACCUUUAGCCAGGCCCUUGUAUGCGUCGUCUGACACACCACGCUCAGAUCCAGCCGAACUAAAUCCCAGUGUGGUAGCCAAGCAAUAUCAAUACCAGCGAACGUUUCAACAGGGUUGGUUGAGAGAAGCAGCUGUAAUUGAGAGAGCUCAAAGGCGGAGCAGAAGCAGGAGCAGUGGUGCAAGUCGUGUAUGA